ACGCGAUCCUUGAUCACCGAACGACCUGCUGUCUCGCGCCGAACACUGAAAAGGAAAUACCCCGCCUCGCUCUGGACGAGCUUCGUUGCAAGCCAUACGUUCGCCAACUCCUCCCGAACACCGGACCGACAGCCCAAAAAAAAAAACCACAGUGGGUGAGGCGGCGCCUACCUCGAUCCCGACACCAUGGCCUCCAUCGCAGCUUCGACAACAACCUCUCUUCUCCCCCGAUUCUCCGCCGCUGCCAUGCUCAACUCCUCGAGGACAUGGACCCGGUUUGCCCAGCAAGUCACACAACCUGUCCUCCCAAGGCUAUCCGCCGCCCUACCCGCUAUCUCGCUCAACAUCCCCGGCUGGCUCGAGGGCAUAUGGGAAGGCAUCCUGCGGGCCGUGCCCAAGAAGAAGACGACACACUCCAAGAAGCGAUCGCGCUUGAUGGCUGGCAAGGCUCUGCAGGAUGUCACGUCGAUCUGCAAGUGUCCCGGGUGUGGUCAACCAAAGAGGAAACACGUCGUUUGCCCGCAUUGCAUGGAGCAAAUCAAGGGAAUGUGGCGGGGCGCUAACCCAUCAGGAAAGUUCCUCUGAACAACGGCAUGGAAUAGACGAAAUGGAGAGGGGCUGAAGAAGAAGGAGAAGAAGAAGAAGAAGAGAAGGAGAGAACUGUACAUCACAGUGUAUAACCAAAGGACUGUAUAACGACCCAAGACGUCGCAACCAACCAAAUUUCCAUCCACGUACGA